UGUACAUGUAUGGACCAUUGGACAUUGCCACUGAGAUCACCGCCAGUAGUUGCGAAUGUUGAAUUUCCGUUAAUGUUGGGUUCACGGCAGGAGUUGAGCAGCUAUGCACUGCGAAGCGACAUGGGGAAAUUCUGCUAGGACGGUAACUCAAGUCGAUUUUCGGCACUCAAUGGGACUAAGCGAUAUUAGAAUUGUCCAGCAUCAUUCUAGGCUCCCAGAUAAUGUUAGAAAGAGAAUAUCUAUUAGUAACCAUGAACCGAAGCAUCAACCUUAUCCUUCACUAGUUACCUACGGUCCUACAUGGUCCAACUUUAUAAUAAACGACCGAAACUCCAUUCAAGAAAUAGUUGAAAAGCAAGCACCCCCUCCACGAGGAUCUCCCACUAGAAAUCCACUCUCUAACCAUGUAUAUAAAUUCGCAUGCCCAGAGAGAGGGAAAACAAGAACGGAGUUUACAACCUUUAUUGGUGAACUAGUUAACUAGUUAACUAAGUUAUUACUCUGUAAGCAAGAAAUGAGAACGCAAAAGGUCAUGAGUCAUACAGCAUAGUCGCGUGGCCGUCGCUAAAUACCGAGUCCUCCUCCUAGGCUACUUGUAGAGCACUAGUAACUGCCAUUCUACUCACGUGGACGAUUAUGGAGUAUAGACCAUACUAGAAUAACUCUGGUCUGCAGUAAGAGUAAAAUGCACCGCCGCUGCGGACCGACCGGGGAAAAACAGGCGAAGAGCCUGGGGGCC